CAUUAGCUAGCACUCGCUAACGGUAUUCUCUGCAAAAGGGAAGACGGCAAAACCCCCCCAAGAAACUACACCUGGAUUGCUGAAGGACUGUACUUAAUAAAUUAUACCGAUCAAGCAAGGACUAUAUUAAACUGAAAACCAUAACCAACGUUUUUUUUGUUUUUUUGUUUUAAUUUCUGUUGUCGGUUUGACUGUUGUCUCACGAUGGAGGAGAACGGUGCACACUUCUUCGAGGGGACCGAGAAGCUGCUGGAGGUGUGGUUCUCUCGGCAAGACGAGACUAAAGGAACCGGGGACCUCCGCACCAUCCCCAGGUUUGAGUGGGACAAACUCCUGGAGAAUGUGCAUUGUUUGAUCAUAAGUGUGACAAAGACUGACAAGCAGGAAGCGUAUAUACUCAGUGAGAGUAGCAUGUUUGUCUCCAAGAGACGUUUCAUUUUGAAGACAUGUGGAACUACCCUCUUACUGCAAGCACUGGUCCCUCUGCUGGAGCUCGCCCGGGAGUAUUGCGGCUUCGAUGCCAUCGAGAAUUUCUUCUACUCUCGCAAGAAUUUCAUGAAGCCCACCCACCAAGAGUUCCCUCAUCGAAACUUCCAAGAGGAAGUGGAGUUUCUCAGCCAGAUUUUCCCAAAUGGAGCAGCCUACUGCAUGGGACGAUUGAACUCUGACUGCUGGUAUCUGUUUACCCUGGACUUACCGGAGUACUGGGAGAACAAGCAUGCGGAUCAGACGCUGGAAGUAUUGAUGAGUGAUCUUGAUCCAGCCAUUAUGGACCAGUUCUAUAUGAAAGAUGGUGUUUCUGCAAAUGAUGUCACUCGUAUGAGUGGAAUUCGUGACCUGAUACCAGGUUCUGUGAUUGACGCCACAAUGUUCAACCCUUGUGGAUACUCAAUGAAUGGAAUGAAGACUGACGGAACUUACUGGACGAUCCACAUCACUCCAGAGCCGGAGUUCUCGUACGUCAGCUUCGAAACCAAUCUCUCCCAGACGUCCUACGACGAUUUGGUCAGGAAGGUGUUGGAUGUCUUCAAGCCAGGAAAAUUUGUGACAACACUUUUUGUGAAUCAGAGUUCCAAAUGUCGCAGUGUCUUCUCUUCCGCCCAGAAACUCGAUGGGUACAAGCGCGUCGACCGCCAGUUGGCCCAGUUCAACGAUUACAAUUUUGUCUUUACAAGCUACACCAAGAAUCGCCAGCAGAACCAGCAGAGCUGAGGGUGGAGGAUGAAGAAGAGGCGCAAAAAGAAAGAUGGGCGCCUCUGCGGCCAGCUCCUCCUCUCCCCCUCCCUCCGCCGUUGUUGUCCAGGAGCUCCUGGCGCUCGGGGGGCCACGGCCCCCGGUUUGACCACCAGUUUGAAUUGUAUGCAUUGUUGUACCUAUGACUUAGAACUCUUGCAUGAAAGCUCUUUUCUCUGUCUAGAUAUUCUAGCUCACUCUUGCUGUGAUCUUGAAGUGCAUGUAGAGGAAUUAAACACGCUCUGUUUGAGGCUGUCCACCUGCGCCCAGUACAGCGGUCCUUACCUGCAGGUCUCCCCCCUCAUUCCCCACAGACAGGGCUUCCGUGCCCACUAGGCCAGGGCCCUGACAUGCUCAGAUGAGUCCGCCUCUGUUUUGAGUUUACUUUCUUGUUUUUGUUUUUCCCCCCAAAUAGUCAAAUGUACUACUCCAACCGGUCACUUCCUUGCAAGUAAUUUCCCGCCCAGGUUGAUCACUGGUACGUAUAUGUCCCCGUUUUUUCUUCUUCUUCUUCUUCAUAUUAAUGAGUGCACUUUAAAAAGAUUUUUUUUAAGACCAAUCCUUUGUUUCCUGUGUAAAAUUAACUUGUUUAUUGAAAGCAGUAAUAAGCUUUUGGCCAUAAUAUAAAUUUGUAGUGUCGACGUCGAAACAUGAUACAUAAAUCCCUCUCGAAGAACCGCCGUACUUUCCUGUUAAGUGUUGCACUGCUUACCGCAGCCUAACCGGCCCCUGGGACUCGGGUGCGCGGGGCUGUAGGACGGCGCCCGAGCCACAGAGGAAUUCUUGCUGUCGGAGGCUUUGGAAGCGGCACCGUCAGCGGGGCCCCCCGAGCUGCCCUGUGCCUCAAAACCUCCGCAGCCGUAAAGCGGUUUCUGCAAGUCCACCGACGGGCACGCCGGUCAAGUUUUACGGCAGGCGGCAGCGUCGACGGCAACGCUAAAUACUUCAUACAUCACGGACAGUUAACGGUUAUCUUAUCGACGAGUGAACUAAUCGGUUACUGAAUCGGUUUCAUUUUAGAAAAUGGGAAGGAAACGGUACGCCGCAAGGUUAAAUCGCGGGAAGCGGACACACACACACACGUAUCAUCCUAAAACGGUUAGACUUGUGACGGCACACACACACAAACUGCACUCGUGUAAUCGUAUUGCUCGAUAGUUACCAAUAUUACAUUAUAUUACUACAACUGUUAUUACUGCUUCUAUUACUAUGACACUUGUAUUGGCACUACUAACGGAUACACACACACACACACAAUGCCUUCACACAACUUUUUAUAGACAGAAGUUUGAUUUGGGUUUUCUUUGCAUCUGGAGUUUCUGCAUUAAAUUUUGAAUUCUAAGUCACGAAUCGUUAACUGUUUGUUCAUGUUUUAAGUAUUCCCACUUUAUGAAGCGGUACCGUACUGGCGGUUGCAUGAUUUUAAGACACCGAGGUACAUUUAAUGUGCGCUACACUACGCACUCGGCUGGGUUUUUACAGCACGCUGUAUCAACCAGAAGCCCCCAGAACUCGGGCGGGGGGGGGGGGGUGUCCCAGGUCAGGUUGGCGCUCUGAAUCUACACACUCGGUUUUUUCUUUCGUUCUUAACUCAGUUCUCUGCUCUCUGACUGAAUGUAGCACAGCCGGGUGUAUAAUAGGGCUGUCCCAACUUUUGAAUGUAGAGGUCUCUAGAGAGAGGAGCCCCGGACAGGGUCUAAGCUGAAUGUACGACUCCAGGAGACGCACCCCCCCCCUCCCCCUCCCCCUUCCCCCCUCUCCCCGUCCACCCCCAGUGUAGUUUUCUAUGGUGCCGGUCAGGACAAUGCCUUCUGCCGUCCAACAUGGCGGCCAUUGUCCGGCUCCCAGCAGGUCUCUGUCCCCCACCACCACCACGUCCCCGUCCCCCCCCCCCCUCUCCCUUGCACAAAGUCAGACUGUCAGCUGGCCCCAGAACCGUGCGCGACAAGAGUGGCCCUCCUGCAAUGGCGGCUCUGAAUGGGAAAUAAUGAAUCAGACACUUUGCUUAGUGCAGCGCUUGCCCAGCGAAGCAUUUUUCUUUUUCUAAACAAUAUCCAACCUCUCUCUCUUUCGAAACCUCCCCCACACACACACAGAAAUCGGUAAGCGCACAAUAGAGGCCCGCCGAUCUGAGCAUGCCAGGGUGAUCCCGGAUCAUUCCACACAUGACCGUUGUAUAAACUGCCGUUUUAUUAAUUUUAUUGUGCCCCAGACACUUUUGCAGUGAAUUGGUCCAAAAUGUGACUCCCUUGCAAAUUUUUUUUCUUUUCUUUCUUUUUUUUUUUUUUUGAGUAUCAUCAAUGCCCUUUGUUCACUGAGGGGAAAAUUCCUGUGACACUAUGGUGCAUGUGACUACUAGUGCUGUAUUGCUUAACAGUGUAGUGUGCUGCCGUCUCAUCCUCCUGUGUAAAGUAGGUCUGUGUGCUUCACCUUCCUCAUGUUUUAAACCAGCUGAAAUGUAGUCGGAACAGAUGCCGCAUCCUGAUAACACUUCAUCGGACGGGCGGGGGGGGCAAAUCGGGUAUUAAUACUGUUUUGCUGUACUUUGUGGUGCUAAUAGCAGGUCAAUUUUAUGUAUUUUAACGUCCUAAGACAAAAUGGAGUUGGUCGCUGCGAUAACCGUAGCGGCUCUUUUUUUGGGGAAUGCUUUUUAAGGGUUGUCCCUCUCCAUUCGCCGUGCUGAUGAUAGUGGUUCAAAAUGCUUCUCCUGCCACAGAAAGCAGACCGGUUUGAAUUUUCCCAGUAUAGCCAUAGAUGACGGAAAGUGGCGUCCCCUGCCUUUUUAGCACUGUUAAGGAUUGCAAACUUUUUUCUUUUCUUUUUUUCUUUUUUUUUUUUGACCAGUCAGUUGUUAGGAAAGUGCCAAUAACAAUCAAUGUACUGACCACUCAGGGCACAGUAUAGCGAGGAAACAGAACACACGGUAGUUGCUUCACAGCGGACCACUUGAUAAUUGUACAAUAGUUCAUGUAAGGACACUCGAGUGUAGGUGACAAUUGGAUCUGGCUUCCUUCCACUUCCGUCUUUUUCGUGGCUUCUGGAGUGGUCAUAUUUCCAUAGGACCAAUCUCUACUCGGUGUCCUUACCUGAACAGACCUUUCUGUUAGAUGACUCGAGUGAUCAUCCAUGAUUGUUACAGGUCCUUUUUCUCUUUUUUUUUUAAAGGUGAUAUACGUUUAGGGAAUUUCAAACCAGCACCGGUCAAAUGCUUGUUUUUUUUUUUUAAUGGUAUUUUUUAAGUACAUUUUAAGACUUGACAACCUUGGUUGUGGAUUUAGUCCUGUUGGUAUUGAACCUUGCUCUCUUCCUUUUUAUACUUAAAAAUUCAAAUGCUUUUUUCCCCCCAGUUCAAUGCUAAUACAGUUUUUACAAAAAAAAAUAUUUUUGUAAGGAAUUAAUUUUUUUGCAGCGGACCAACCCCCCCUCCCUCCCCCCCUUUUUUUGUGUCUGAGGAGCGUUCACUUUGUGUAAAACUGUUUCAAACUAGUUCUGUUCUGAAAUUGAGGGACGGCCUUUUUGAAAGCUAACCGAAUCAUAUAGGUUUUUUUUAAUAUAUAUAUAUAUAUAUAUAUAUAUAUUCCUCUUGCCUUUUCUUUUUAUAGAAUCCAUGUAGAGGUGAUUUUAUGGGUAGGAAAGGUGAGAGAACGCCUCCCCUGAGAGAGCGAGAGAUGGCAGGAUGUAUCAGGAUGUACUGAAGGGAAAACUUUGCUGUUCUAAUUCUUUCUUUUUGCUAUUCUUUGGAUGGUCAAGAUGUGCUAAAUAUAUCUGUACUAUGAGCUUGAUGCUUAAAUAAAAAAAAUGUAAUAAAAACAAUCAACUG